UGGACUCCGGGUUCUGAACAUGACUACAAGUUCUUGGACAGACAUGGGCUGCUUUAUUGUCCUGCUCACCUGCUUGAGCGCCACCAGUGCCGAGGUGCUUUCUCUCACCGCCAUGUACGGGAGCCUGCAGUCGCCACACUUCCCAGAGCCGUACCCCAGAGAGACGGAUCUGAGGUGGAACAUCAGCGUUCCAGAAGGUUUUCAGAUCAGACUCUACUUCAGCCACUUCGACCUGGAGCCCUCCUACCUCUGUGAGUACGACUACGUCAAGGUGGAGGCCGAGGAGGAGGUGCUGGCGUUGUUCUGCGGUCAGGAGCAGACAGACACUGAGGAGGUUCCGGGGGAGCAGCUCAUCACCUCCCCCAGGAACUCCCUCAGCCUGCUCUUCUCCUCCGACUUUUCCAACGAGGAGCGGUUCUCCGGCUUCCUGGCUCACUACAGUGCAGUAGAUGAAGAUGAGUGUAAAGACAGGAAUGAUGAAGAUCAAGUUUGUGACCAUUACUGUCACAACUACAUUGGUGGUUACUACUGUUCCUGUCGCUAUGGUUACCAGCUACACACUGAUAACAGGACCUGCCGAGUUGAGUGUGGUGACAGUGUGUACAGGGAGCGAUCCGGUGUGCUGAGCAGUGUGGACUUCCCAGGCUCAUAUCCCAGGAGUUCAGACUGUGUUUACCGCAUCCAGCUGGACGACGGCUUCAGCAUCAGCCUGCUGUUUGACAACACCUUCGACAUAGAGGACCAUCCUGAUGUCAGCUGUCCCUAUGACUACCUGAAGAUCGAGCUUGCUGACAGAGAGUUGGGUCCGUUCUGUGGGAACCGCUCUCCCGGUCUCAUCCAGACACACACACACUCCGUUCUGAUCCGAUUCCACAGUGACGGCUCCGGAGAAAACCUCGGCUGGAGGCUCACGUACACAUCCACCGGAAGUCAGUGUCCUGUCCCUGAGCGACAAGCCAACAGCCUGCUGAGUCCGGACCAAUCAGAAUACUCCUUCAAAGACCACAUCCUGGUCACCUGCCAGCCUGGAUACAGACUGUUGAAGGAUGGAGAGUUCUUAGACCACUAUCAGAUCGACUGUCAGAGAGACGGCAUGUGGAGCAGCAGUAUUCCACAGUGUCAGGUGGUGGAUUGUGGGAAUCCCAGGGUUGGUGCCAUGGCUGAUGUUGUAUUUGGUAGCCAUGACAACAGCACUUUGUUUGGUGCUACCAUCAGCUACACGUGCAAGGAGGCUUUUCAACUACACCCUAACAUCAACAGUUCAUACAUCUGUCGGGAGAUGGGAGUUUGGACCAACUCUGAACUGGGCUCUAAGCUACCCAGCUGUCUACCAGCCUGCGGUCAGCCGUCGCAGGCCCUGCCUAGCCAGCAGAAGAGGAUUGUGGGAGGUCGGAGUGCUGUGCUGGGCCUCUUCCCCUGGCAGGUGCUGCUCAGCAUUGAGGACCUCUCCCGGGUUCCAGAGGAGCACUGGUUCGGUUCUGGAGCUCUGUUGUCUGAAUCCUGGGUCAUCACAGCUGCCCAUGUCCUUCGAUCCCAUCGGAGGGAUGCCAGCGUGGUGCCUGUGGCUCCAGAACAUGUUAAGGUCUACCUGGGCCUCCAUGACGUUAGAGACAAGCAGCUGGCCACCAAAUGCUCAGUGGACAACAUCAUCCUCCAUCCAGACUUCCAGCCCCGUAACUAUGACAACGACAUUGCCCUGGUGAGGCUGAGCAAAGGGGUGGAGUUUAGCCCGGUGGUCCGCCCCAUCUGCCUCCCGCCGCCACAGAGACAGGACGGCCCCUCCGACCCCCUCCCCUUCUCCCUGGGUGUGGUUGCUGGAUGGGGCAUCUCGAACCCCAAUGCCUCCUCUUCCUCUUCCUCCUCCUCCAGCAGUGCCUCCACGCUGAACUCUGAUGCCUCCAUGACGUCAGAUUUGGGUCUGACCUCUGACCUCCUGCAGUGGGUGAAGCUGCCAGUAGUGUCACAGGAGGAGUGCCAGGCCAGCUAUGCCUCACGCUCGCUCACCUAUAACAUCACCGACAACAUGUUCUGCGCUGGCUUCUACGAGGGGGGCCGGGACACCUGCCUGGGGGACAGCGGGGGAGCGUUUGUGAUGGAGGACGGGGCCAGCCGGCGGUGGGCCGUGUUUGGCUUGGUGUCGUGGGGCGGGCCGGAGGAGUGCGGCAGCGAGAGAGUGUAUGGGGUCUACACGCGAGUGGCCAACUACGUGGCGUGGAUAUGGAGUCAUCUAGACACGGAGGCCAACACCGAGCAUCAGUUCAAAAGUCACCGAUCUGAGAAUCACCUCUAAUGCCCAAGAAAAGCAAACUAGGGAUGUUUUCCUCAGGAUAUGAAAGAUUUAUGAGUUACAAAAUUGAUUCAUAAGCGGACCUCGCCGGCGCCUAUCAGAAAUAACAUAUUACACAACGCUAACACACUGAAUGGCUUUUGCUCCAAAAAAUGCUGGCAGGAAAAUGAAUCAAAUGUGAAAAAUUUUAGCAUGAACAAAUUGCAGAUAACCACUUUAAAGGGAAGUAUAGUCCUACUUUUUGACAAGUUGGUGUUUGUCUAUGAAAUACACCUGUGACGUCUUUAUCACCAAAGGUUGUUUGGUUUCCACGCCCAUGCUCAUUAACAUGGGGGUUAUUAGCAUCAUGAUAAGCAUUAUUCAUGAGUCGCCACCCUGAUUGGCUGGCAGUACUGCUGCCCCGCCCAUCCCUGACAGAAGCAACGGUCGACCAACCAGAUUGUUUGUUCCCGUUUGUCAACUUCGAGGGACAAUUCUGAUUGGCUGGUUCAGAUGGUGCUACUGGGUCAGUAUGGACAAGCUGCUGAAGUACAGAUGUCGACGCAGUGUUGUGAAAGCAUCAACAUGGUGACGGCAAAACACACCCCGAGACUAGUACUGUAGUCACAUCACACACAGCGGCG